UGUAGGCGCUCGUGCUCAGUCGCGUAGGACGUUUGUGUAGGCGCUCGCGGCAGGACAAUGCUGACUCGGCUGAAAGCAAAAUCGGAAGGGAAGCUUGCAAAACAGAUUUGCAGAGUUGUGUUGGAUCAUUUUGACAAAGCGUAUUCCAAAGAACUUGGAGAUUCCUGGAAUACAGUCAGGGAUAUAUUGACAUCUCCAUCACUGUGGCAGCAUGCUGUCCUCCUCAACAGAUUCAAUUGUCCUUCUGAACUGGAAAGGGAUUUACAUUUGAAGGGCUAUCACAGACUUUUUCAAGGGUCUUUACCCUGUUCUCCUCAGUCCAUGAAAUGUUACCUCAGCGGAACGCCACACCGGCUGCCUUCAGAAAGGCACCGAGCUGGAAACCUGAAGCAGUACUACCUCCUGAACGCUGCCUCGCUCCUCCCAGUGCUGGCUGCGGACCUGCAGGAUGGCGAGAGGGCUCUGGACCUGUGUGCAGCUCCCGGAGGCAAGUCAGUGGCGCUGCUGCAGUGCGCCUGGCCAGGUUAUCUUCACUGUAAUGAAUACGAUAGUCUGAGACUGAGAUGGCUGAGGCAGACAUUAGAAUCUUUCAUCCCACAGCCUCUGAGAAAUAUAAUUACAGUAUCUGAAUUGGAUGGCAGAGAAAUGGGUGACGCUCGACCUGAAACAUUUGACAAGGUGUUAGUCGAUGCUCCGUGUUCAAAUGAUCGCAGUUGGUUGUUCUCCUCCGAUUCACAGAAGGCAGCCUGUAGAAUACGUCAAAGAAGAAACUUACCUGUUCUACAGGUAGAACUCUUAAGGUCUGCGAUCAAAGCCCUGCGUCCUGGAGGCUUACUUGUGUACUCUACAUGCACUCUUUCUAAGGCAGAAAACCAGGACGUGAUCAGUGAAGUGCUGAACUCCGACAGUAGCGUGGUGCCUGUGGACCUUCAGGGCAUCGCGGAACUUUGCUCGCCAGACUUCACAUUUGCUCCCGCGGGCCCCGAGCCUGGGCUCUUGGUGAUUCCAGAUCAGGGCAGAGCCUGGGGCCCGAUGUAUGUAGCUAAACUGAGGAAACUGCAGAGAUGUGCCGAGUGGUGACUUGAGUUUUGGAAACCAUGGUGGUGUAUUACUGUGUUUUUUCUGAGUUCUCUGCUGAUUAAUGUUUAAUUAUGCAGUCACUUUCCCAGGAUCUAUUUGCAGUCCUAUUAAGUCAGUACUUUAGCAUCUCAGAACAUAGGCUUAAGAAUUUUUUCAGGUGUUUAUUUUCUUAGAGAUACAUCUGUAGCAAUGAUUUAGGGUGGUACAGAUGGUAUUUGUACUGUGUAAUAAAUCUGGUGUCUUUUACUUGGUAUUUUAUAGUUAAAUUAAUCAGAAUGCAUGGCUUUGUGCAUAAAAUGUUUACAACUACAUUCUACCCAUGGUUCUUUCCGUGGUGCUUUUAACUCUUUAACGAUGCACCUUGCCAGCACGCUUCCUAUUUUACUCCUAAUCAGAGGUACAGAUUUUCUUUGUAAGAAGUGAUUGUUAUUCUGAGGCUAACUUCUUAAGCAGCACACUUUGUAGUUCUAGCAAAUUAGGUUUCUUAUUUGCAAGGUUGUUUUCUGUUAAGAACUAACUUCUGUUUACUGCAAAGGUCAGUGACUCUAUUGACACCAGGUUUAUUUUCCUAAUUUUGUUUUGUAUUCACGAAUACUAAUUGAAAGGGUAAAUUAUGUUGAAAAGGCUUUGGAACAGCAGAUUCACAUGCACACAUUUGACUUUCAGCUUUCAGCUUGUAUAAUAAUGGAGUCUGUCCAGCAGGCUGUAAAGCAAGUACUUGAAGCAAAACCAGAAUGAUUAAUAACUUCAAUAACUGAACUAUAUUUGGAGAGUUUUGUUACAUAAUUGCAGUCAUAAUGAGCACUACAGAAUCUGAUUAUCUUACAGUUGCAAUCUGGAGGGGCUUUUUAUUUCAUCCUGUGAUAAAAUGUUAUAUGAGAGCGUGAUGUCAUGUAUUAAUGCACAAGACGGAAAUGCCCAACCUGAGAGGGUGGCGCUGUUCCACAGCCAGUACCGUUGCCUAGCCGGCUCUUCUGUUUCUGUGUCCUGGAGCACUGAGUGUGCAUCUUACGUGUAUUUAAGAUUUAGCUUCAUUUUGGAGCAUGUAUUUUCUCCAACUGCCUGUCUUGAGUCCUACCAUAUUUUCUCAGCUAAUAAGGAAAAUCAUGCAGCAUAAUUCAAUGUAAAUUUGAAAAUUAGCUUUUUAAAAUACUUUUUGAUUAUAGAAGUACAAACUGUUGAUGAAGUUGAAUAUUUCUUUGUCAUUUUAUUGUGUUCAUUUAAACUAGAGCUUAUUUGCUAGUUAACUGUUUUGUGUUCUGCGAGUUUAUGUGAUCAGAUUUAAAUAACUGGGAAGUCCAAAGAGAAUUUUUUUUAUGUACCUUCAUUCUGUUAGCAACUUUUCUGUAUGUCUAACCAAUGUAUUUAAGUAAAGCUAGAUUUCUUUCUGACCCAUUCAAAUAUUUUGGGUUACAGAAGAUUAAUGACGAUAGAAAAGGUUUUUGUUUUAAAUUACUAUU